GGAUUCAUCAAAGAUGUUCAUGAAGACUCCCUCACAGUGGUUUUUGAAAACAAUUGGCAACCAGAACGCCAGGUUCCAUUUAAUGAAGUUAGAUUACCACCACCACCUGAUAUAAAAAAAGAAAUUAGUGAAGGAGAUGAAGUAGAGGGAUACAGUUACUAAUGAAGUUUACAGAGAUGGCUGUAUAUUCAAGAGCAAAUGACCAAGAACCAUGUGGAUGGUGGUUGGCUAAAGUUCGAAUGAUGAAAGGAGAGUGUGCUAAUGAAAAUGCACAUAAAGAUUUUAAGAAAGCAGUAGGAGCGUGCAGAAUUUUUUACCAUCCAGAAACCACACAGCUAAUGAUACUGUCUGCCAGUGAAGCAACUGUGAAGAGAGUAAAUAUUUUGAGUGACAUGCAUUUGCGAAGUAUUCGUACGAAGUUGAUGCUUAUGUCCAGAAAUGAAGAGGCCACUAAGCAUUUAGAAUGCACAAAACAACUUGCAGCAGCUUUUCAUGAGGAAUUUGUUGUGAGAGAAGAUUUGAUGGGCCUGGCAAUAGGAACACAUGGUAGUAACAUACAGCAAGCUAGAAAGGUUCCUGGAGUUACAGCUAUUGAGCUAGAUGAAGAUACUGGAACAUUUAGAAUCUACGGAGAGAGUGCUGAUGCUGUAAAAAAGGCUAGAGGUUUCUUGGAAUUUGUGGAGGAUUUUAUUCAGGUUCCUAGGAAUCUUGUUGGAAAAGUAAUUGGGAAAAAUGGCAAAGUUAUUCAAGAAAUAGUAGACAAAUCUGGUGUGGUUCGGGUCAGAAUUGAAGGAGACAAUGAAAAUAAACUACCUAGAGAAGAUGGGAUGGUUCCGUUUGUAUUUGUUGGCACUAAAGAAAGCAUUGGAAAUGUGCAAGUUCUUUUAGAGUAUCAUAUUGCUUAUCUAAAGGAAGUAGAACAGCUAAGAAUGGAACGCCUACAGAUUGAUGAACAGCUGCGACAGAUCGGUUCUAGGUCUUAUAGUGGAAGAGGCAGAGGUCGUCGGGGCCCUAAUUACACCUCCGGUUAUGGUACAAACUCUGAGCUGUCUAACCCAUCUGAAACUGAAUCUGAGCGUAAAGACGAGUUGAGUGAUUGGUCAUUGGCAGGAGAAGAUGACCGAGAGAGCCGGCAUCAGCGUGACAGCAGGAGACGCCCAGGAGGAAGAGGCAGAAGUGUUUCAGGGGGUCGAGGUCGUGGUGGACCACGUGGUGGCAAAUCUUCCAUCAGUUCUGUGCUCAAAGAUCCAGACAGCAAUCCAUACAGCUUACUUGAUAAUACAGAAUCAGAUCAGACUGCAGACACUGAUGCCAGCGAAUCUCAUCACAGUACUAACCGUCGUAGGCGGUCUCGUAGACGAAGGACUGAUGAAGAUGCUGUUCUGAUGGAUGGGAUGACUGAGUCUGAUACAGCUUCAGUUAAUGAAAAUGGGCUAGUCACAGUUGCAGAUUAUAUUUCUAGAGCUGAGUCUCAGAGCAGACAAAGAAACCUCCCAAGGGAAACUUUGGCUAAAAACAAGAAAGAAAUGGCAAAAGAUGUGAUUGAAGAGCAUGGUCCUUCAGAAAAGGCAAUAAAUGGCCCAACUAGUGCUUCUGGCGAUGAAAUUUCUAAGCUGCAGCGUACUCCAGGAGAAGAAAAGAUUAAUACCUUAAAAGAAGAAAAUACUCAAGAAGCAGCAGUCCUGAAUGGUGUUUCAUAAACUGAAGAAGUUCCUAGUUUACAGUUCUUUUACAUUACAUUUUACAAUAGUGCUUGUACAAGCUUGCCAAAGAUAGAAUAUGGAUCGCCAGUCUUUACAUCGCACUUUCAGUUCCUCCAUUUGGAAUUCAGAAAGGGGAGGGAUCCUGAAGAAAUCAUAUGUUAAACAUACUUUGACACCUACUGUGUUAUAAAAUAUAUCAUCAGAUGUGCCUUGAGAAUAGUAUAUGUAACAUUAAAAAAAGUUGCUGGCUAAAAAAAAAAAAAAAAAAAAAAAAGAAGGAUCACUAAAAGAAUUGUGGCAGGGCUGACUCACAUGACAGCUGUGGAUUGAGCAAAACUUCUUGAAAGGGCUAUCUUAUCCUGAAGGUUAUGACUUUGAAGGAAUUAAAGGUAAUUGGCAGUGGAAAGAAUCAGAACAUGUGAGAUUCCUUAAAAAUUUAUUAACUUAAAUAAUUUUGCCUAUGUUACAUAUUGAAAAAGAAAAAAAAAACUUUAAACAAACA